CUACUGGGUUUCGGAGCGAUAUGCAUUGCUUUACACCAAGCGCUCUGUCGUGGAGGAGGUGUAAGUGACGACCACGACAGCGUAACAAGUCAAGAAAAAAUGACGAGCGCACUCGAAGAGCAUGAAAAGCACGAUGUUGCUCCUUUCCUCAUCAGCGACGUGUGUUUUCCUGGAUGCUCGAGCAUGCAUGGUCGUAUCAGACAGCAUCAGACAAAAUCCGGCGUUUUUUUACCAACUGAAUCCCUUCACCAUGAACCAGUUACCUCGUCUAGCGCGUGCUCUCCGGAUGAAAAAUGUCCACACGACCUUGGCACGGCGUGGGUAGAGACCGUCUGUUGCGUCACUUGGGCUGCAACGGAUUUAGCGACACGAGCAGCCCGC